GCGUGACACUUCUCCGCGCUGCUCACUUCCUGGUCUCUCUCCCUCCCAGUAGGACUAGGGGCAGCUCGGGUAGCCACUGACGCCUCCUGCUGCAGUAGCAGCCCCGGGGCGUCGCGCGCUUGGCGUCCCGGGCUCGCGAGGCGAAUGGAACGUUGCGUUGGGCGACGGAACGUUGACCCGGGUGGCGGCGAGGUGCUGAGCUCGCGCUCGCUGAGCGGGGGUGGCGGCGGCAGCGGGCGGGCUGGACCAGCAGCAGCUGCGGGGACCGGCGGCGACGGCUUCUUAUGCGGAUCCCUUGGUAGAAUUCAUUUGGGCAAAUUUUGGCAGGCACAUCUUAGAUACGGAGAAGAUUUAUGUUGCAUAAAACUGGUGCAGCAAGAUCACCCUUUCACAGUUACAGCUCCCUUUCUGCAGCCUGGAAUCUUCUACAUGCUUCUCAUACCGUUAUGCAGAAGGAGCUUUCUGAGUUUCAUUUGUAAAGCAGAAGACGACUAUUUUUGAUUCUUUUUCACAUUCAAGUAUGGACAUUAUAAUCUAUGAUGAUUACUCCAAUCCACCGCUUCAGAGAUAUUGAGAGGAAACCUGAAUACCUCCAGCCAGACAAGUGUGUUCCACCUCCUAGCCAUAGUUCCUUGGGAACAAUGUGGUUUAUUCGAGAUGGCUGUGGUAUUGCAUGUGCUGUUGUUACCUGGAUGCUUGUCUUCUAUGCAGACUUUGUAGUCCUUCUUGUUAUGUUAGUUCCAUCAAGAGACUAUAUUUAUAGUGUGAUCAAUGGGAUAUUGUUCAACAUGUUGGCUUUCCUGGCUUUGGCUUCACAUUUUCGAGCUAUGCUAUCAGAUCCAGGUGCUGUGCCCAAAGGUAAUGCCACAAAAGAAUUCAUUGAGAGCUUACAGCUGAAGCCAGGACAGGUUGUUUAUAAGUGUCCAAAAUGCUGUAGCAUCAAACCAGACAGAGCACAUCACUGCAGUGUUUGCAAGAGGUGUAUUCGGAAAAUGGAUCAUCACUGUCCAUGGGUUAAUAACUGUGUAGGAGAGAAUAACCAGAAGUACUUUGUACUGUUUACAAUGUAUAUAGCACUAAUUUCCAUGCAUGCCCUAAUCAUGGUGGGAUUUCACUUCCUGUAUUGCUUUGAAGAAGACUGGACAAAAUGCAGCUCCUUCUCUCCACCAACUACAGUGAUCCUUCUUAUCCUCUUGUGUUUUGAGGCUCUCUUGUUUCUCAUCUUCACAUCUGUAAUGUUUGGGACCCAGGUACACUCCAUCUGCACUGAUGAAACGGGUAUCGAGCGCCUUAAGAAUCAGACGCCUACUUGGGAAAAAGUCAGAAGCUGGGAAGGGAUGAAACUGGCUUUUGGUGGCGAUUUCUCCCUGAGCUGGUUCAAUCCUUUUUCAGGCCUGAGUUGCAAAAAGGCUCCACCCUCUGGGGUGGCAGCAGUUCCUCCACCUGAAAUAGUGACUGAAGAGGCUCUUGAGCAAUUCUUGGAACAAGAGGCUGCUGUCCAAGUGUUAAAUGAAUAAGCAAAAUCCUCUCCAAAAUGUCAACAAGCUCUCCGUUUUAAUUAAAUGUUUGCAGCCCAGAUUUAGCUUUAAGGGGCCAUGGUGCAGAAAACAUCUGGACAUAUUUGUCCAGAAGUCAGGUGCAGUCCUAGUAGAAGUAAUGCAAAUCUCUAUUGAAUGCCCAACCAAUGAUGAAAGGUAUAAGCUCUAUUUCUACCAUUGGAAAGGUUUUAUUAAGCAAAGAGCAACUGCCCAGCUUUGCACAGUUCCCAAUUGUUUGUUCAAGGAGUGACUCCUUUUUUGGCUCAACAGGCACGGAUGCUGCCUUUGACUCAUGAGGUUCCCAGUUCAGGUUUCAGCUGUCUUAAAGUUCAGGGCAGAUACAACAGAUGGGCAAAUUCAUCCUGGUGUAACUCCACUGACAUCACUGGAAUUGUGCUGGCGAUAAAUUUAGCCCUGUGUAACUCCAGCUACUGCCUGAGAUUCUUCUAUUUGAGGGCCUGAUCCAAUGCCCAUUCAAGUCAAUGGGGGCCAUUCCACUGACUUCUAUGGGCUUUGAAUCAGGCCCUAAGUCUGCAACGGUGGCAGACACAAUAGGUGAAUCUGGUAUAUCGCUAAUGUUUGGUAAAUACAACAGAUGAAUAUGUGAAUCUUGGUAGCACAGUAAAUCUGCCAGAUCAAGUCUUCAUCAGUGUGUCAUGAAAUUGUACUCUACUGUUAAUAGCAGGAUUGCUUUUAAGAAGGAAACCUGCUUAGUUACAAUAGCUUCCAUUAAAGAGUGUAUCUGACAUGCUGUAAUAUUGCCUUAAAUGUCAAUAUCUUAAAUAUUCAGCUGUCAAUUCUUGGUAGAAGUUGACUUUUUAAAGGUGACCACUAUGGAAUACUUUAGAUACUUACACAUUUGUAGUUAGUAAAUGGUUACAUGACAAUACAUGCUAGAUAUAAAAGUUUUAUUACCAAGAGUUGAAAUGGUUAAACAGCUCAUGAGUGGCAAAGUCAUAAAUGAGUUGUAUGAGCCAUCCUAAAAGGAGGCCAAUAAAAUCUUUUAUAUCAAACUACAUUGUCCUACACAGAUUCUAUAUUGCAAAUGAAUAUGAAUGAAGAAAAGUUUAUUUUAGGAAUAUUUUAGACUUUUUUUUUUUAAAUGGUCUUUUUCUGUCAUCUUUUCCUUGUAAAAACAGAUACUUUAGUUACUGUCAAUCUAAUUCUAUAGAACCUGGGGAAGCCAUAUUUUGGCCCUGCCACUGGCCUGUCAGGUGACCUUGAGCAAGUUGCUUCCCCUCUCAGUGCCUCAGUUUUUUUCUCUCUAAAACAGGAAUAAUGAAACAUAUCUCCUCUCUGAAGUGCAUAGAAAUCUAUGGAUGAAAGGCAUUAUGAUAUAAGAGGUAGGUGAUAUUUGUAUUUAUUAAAGAGAUACCAGAUGGAACCUGUACCAACCAACCUGAUUUGAAAAAUGUUCAGAAUUUAAAAUAAAACAAAACCCCACGGCCUUAGUGUGUUAUGACUUGACACACUAAGGAGUACUGAAAAGAGACUGUCUUUGUUCCAGUCCUCUGCUGUGGGUGAGGGUCACAAUAAGUUAAUCCCCUUAUUAUCUGAUGUGGGUUAGUAUGCCCGGACUCUGGCAGCUGCUACAAGCAGUUUGUUGAAAAACAGGAAAACUUUUUGAGCAAAUAUUUCAGAAAAGUUGCCCCCCCCCCCUUUUUUUUUUUUAAAUUGAGAAAAUCUGAAACUUUUCUAGGUACUCUAGUCAACAGGAAUUAAGAAUCAGGUUUGUUCCUCAAUCUACAGCUUAGUUUAAAAGAAAAUCUGCUCUUCUGUAUACUAAGCUGUUUUGUCAUCAGAAACAAACAGAAUGUCUCUUCUGUAAACUGAUCAGAAUAUAGUUGUAUCUGACUAUAGUAAAGUGAGCAACUGUCACUCUUCUGCACCCAAAGUGCACUUGUAUCUAGCAGUGCUUCAAAGCAAGAGAGCAAAUAGGGACACUUAAGAAGCUACAUGGGGAGUUAGCAUGGGGGUGGGGAAGGGAAUAUUUAAGGAGGGAAAAUAGGACUGGACCUUUUAACUCGUGUAUUGUAGUUCUGGCUUGGUGUUUGGCCUUUCUGUCUUAGGCCAUGUCCACACUUACAAGCUUACAGCUUGUGUAGCCGCUCUAUGCUGAUGGAAGAGAGCUCUCCUGUCAACAUAAUAAAACCAGCUCCAUGAGCAGCGAUAGCUAUGUCAAUGGGAGAGUGUCUCCCGCUGACAUAGUGCUGUUCAUACCAGCACUUAUGCUGGCAACAUUUAUGUCACUUGGGGGUGUUUUUUUCACACUCUUGAGUGACAAAAGUUUUGCCGACAUAAGUGCUAGUGUAGACAUGGCCUUAGUUGCUCUAGCUGUAAAAAGGCGAUGGCAACACUGGGUUAUCUGAGGACUAAUUAAUGUUUGCAAUGUAAAUUACUUUGAAAUGUUAAAUCAGGGCUAAUGAGGAUUAUUAGAAUGGGAAAUAGUAUCUGUUUUGCUUGGGGAAAAAUAGGAACAACUGGCACAUGUGUGUUACGUAUUUGCUGAAAUAAAAUGAUUGCAGGAACUGUACAUUAAUUAUUUGUUAAAAUACAUUUUUUUGGAUAAGCCUCUGACUGUGCUGAUACAAGCCAUUCAGCUUUUUGAAGUCAGAGUGGUCAUCAUAUAAAAACAGGCGUUAGUAUGAGAUUUCAGCUACUGUUUCUGACCUGCCUGAGAAUACCAGGGGAAAGUAAAACAUCCAUUGACUUCAAUGGUGCUAGGACUUCACCUUCUGAGACAGACUUAUUUUUUCUUGGGUUUCGAAGGUGCUGCGGCUUCUUGGACAUGAGCACAAUCACAGCUUCUUUGGGAGUGGUGACCGUUUGAAGGGGAUAUAUUUCUUCCCGCCCCCUUUUUUUUUUAAACCUGUUCCUGCUAAAUAUGAAUACAGGACUCUUGUAUUUUACUAGGGCUGUCAAGCAAUUAAAAAAAUUAAUCGCUAUUAAUUGCA